UCUGUCUAGAUGCGUUGAAAAGGGUCAAAAGUUCUUCGGGAUGAAGAGUCAUGACUGUCAUGUCUUUAUGCAACGACUACUUCCCUUUGCUUUUGCGGAGCUACUUCCUACAAACGUACAUGAAGCACUUGCAGGCAUUGGAGCAUUUUUCAGGGAUCCGAGCACCCGCACCCUUAAAGUAGAAGUCGUGGAACAGCUUCAAGAGAACAUUCCCAUCUUAUUGUGCAACUUGGAGAAGAUAUUUCCUCCUGGGUUUUUUGACGUAAUGGAGCAUCUAGCUGUCCACCUCCCAUAUGAGGCAUUGCUUCGUGGACCUGUACAUUACGGAUGGAUGUAUCAGUAUGAGCGAGCCAUGAAAUAUUUGAAGGGAAAAGCAAAUAACCUUGCAAAGGUUGAAGGUUCUAUAAUUGCUGGAAGUUUGACGGAAGAAACUUCUCACUUCACAUCGUACUACUUUGCGUCAAAAGUACGUACUCGGAAAAGAGCUCCAAGGAGAUAUGAUGAUGGUGGUGUCGCGCCAACAUACGCAGUUGCUGGUGUUCCAGACAUCUUUAGCCAGAUUGGGCGACUGGGUGGGAAAUCAAAAGAGGUUUGGUGGUCGAGUGAAGAAGACGCUCAUAGUGCACACACCUAUAUUCUACUCAAUUGUGAGGAUCCAUUGAUUCGUUAUUUUGAAAGCCUAUUUGUUUCACAAGUCGAAGAAACAUUCCCUGUUAUAUCCACAACUGACGUAGACAAAAGGAAAGAUCAACACUUUAUAAAGUGGUUGAAGAGUCAGGUUGAUUUUGACGACGAUGCAGAUUAUCCUAAGUGGUUACAUGAAGUAAUUCAAUCUCCACAUGUAAAGGUACAACAAAUUCGAGCCUUUCAUCUUAGCUUCACAAGCAGAUCAAGUUAGCUACCUUCCAUACCCUCGGAUGAGAGAAUCGGGAAUAAAUUGGUUAUCCGUGAUCAAAGUUACACCUCGAGGACGAAUCAUUAGUGGAGAAGAACCACCAUUGCAAGAAGAACAGAUAAAUGAAGUCGAGGAACCUGAACAACAAAUUGAUGACA